UCUUAACCCAAUUCAUUGAUUAUUUUCACAACAACGCUGCACUGGAUAUUACGCUGACUUUAAUCUAUAUGUGAUUGAUUUGUUGUUGAACUGCAGGCGAAGUGUACUGACAGAUUUGAAACGUCACUUUUAAAUACAAUAUCAAUAAUCACUGUCAAUGUUCUAAUGUGUCCGAGAGCCAGCCAUAAUGUUUGAAAAGUCUCUCUACGACCUUAUCAAAGGUCUGCGGAAUCACAAGGGGGCAGAGGAGGACUAUAUACAGGACAGUCUUCGUGAAUGUAAGGUCGAGAUCAAGUCGCAGGAUAUGGAUAAGAAAGCUACGGCUUUGUUGAAAUUGAUCUACUUGGAGAUGUUUGGGUAUGACAUGUCCUGGGCUUCUUUCCAUGUACUGGAAGUCAUGUCAUCUACCAAAUAUCUGCAGAAAAGAGCUGGCUACCUUGCGGCAGUACAGAGCUUUAGGCCAGAUACCGAGGUCUUGAUGCUGGCUACAAAUCUACUAAAAAAGGAUUUAGUGUCGCCCAGUAUCCCUAACAUGUCUCUACCUUUGAUAACAUUGCCAAACAUCAUCACACCUUCACUUGCCAUGUCUUUGCUUCCAGAUGUUCUGUCCCGCCUUUCUCACUCACAUGCUGUGGCUCGUAAGAAGGCUGUCGUUUGUCUCUACAGACUUGCCUUGGUUUAUCCUGAAGCGCUGAAGUUGGGGUGGCCCAAAAUCAAGGAUCGCCUUAUGGAUGAUGAAGAGGACAGCAGCGUCACAACGGCAGUAAUCAACGUUGUGUGUGAACUGGGGUGGAGGAGGCCGCAUGAUUUCUUGCCGCUAGCCCCAAGAUUCUUCGACUUAUUAGUGGAUGGAGGGAACAAUUGGAUGGCUAUAAAAAUAAUUAAGCUGUUUGCUACAUUAACACCUGUAGAACCACGUUUGAUCCGAAAGCUUCUUCGACCCUUGAUGAGCAUAAUCCAAACAACAACUGCAAUGUCACUACUCUAUGAAUGUAUCAACGGCAUUAUUCAGGGUGGUAUCCUUGACGGCGAUGGUGGACUUGAUGAAAAGAACGAGAUCGCGAGUCUCUGUGUGGAGAAACUCCGAGGCAUGGUUGUCACGGAAUCCGAUCCCAACUUAAAAUAUGUUGCCCUCCUUGCCUUUAAUAGAAUUGUGAUCUCCCACCCUGUCUUAGUGUCAACUCAUCAGGACGUCAUCAUGAACUGUUUGGAUGAUCCAGACAUUUCUAUACGGCUGCGAGCCCUUGACCUCGUGGCUCGGAUGGUGACUAGCGACACGCUUCAGCUAGUAGUAAACAGGCUCGUUGGCCAACUCUUUAAUGCCCAUCAAGCCACGAACGAUAUUUUCAAAGCCGAGAGUUCUGAAGCGGGUAUGCGCACUGACAUAGAGGAUUAUGCAUUGCCAGAAGGCCCAUACCCUCACAGACAAUCGAUUGCUUUGCCGGAUGACUAUAGCGUUGAAGUCAUGCACCGAAUACUAGAUAUAUGCUCUUACAAUAAUUAUUCGGAGAUGCCUGACUUCGAGUGGUAUGUUGAUGUUCUAGUGCAAUUAAUUAAGCUGCUUCCCCCAACCAUUGAACAGCGCCCUAUUCAAUGCGACCCACGCCAGGAUUUGGAGAAUUACAGGGAUUGUGUUGCUUUCCGUAUCGGAUCCGAGAUACGUAACAUCGCUAUCCGUGUUAGGGACGUCAGGAUGGAGGCGACCAGAGCAGCAGAGUCUCUGAUCUUUGUUGACAAAAAUAAGGCCCUAUUUUCUGCUGCCCCUAGACGAAUCAAUAAUAUCUUAGGGCCUCUUGCUUGGGUCGCAGGUGAAUUUGCAGAACAUCUUGCGUCUCCUAGCCAGACCCUUCACUCAUUGAUAGAUAUGUCGAACACGUCUUUAUCGGCGAGAACAUUGUCCCUUUAUAUUCAGGCUAUUCCUAAAAUCUUGGCCAAUCUCAUUCAUGUUGAGGGUGAAGCGUGUGACAAAUCGAAGAAUAGUGAAAUAUCCCUCUUUCUGGCUCGGAUCAUCGACUUUCUUGAUGUUUUGGCUGCCCAUCCUGACUUGGACGUACAAGAAAGAGCUAUCGAAUUUCUGGAGGUCAUGCGCUUAACAGCAGAUGCUGUUCAUCCUGGAUCUCAGGAUCCGGGUCAGGCACCAAUUUUGCUGUCAUCUAUGGUUUCAAACUUGUUCCAUGGGCUAGAGCUCAAUCCAGUCGCUGCCAACGCUCAGAAGAAGGUUCCUUUACCAGAACAACUGUGUCUGGCACAGGAAUUUAACAAGAAUAUCUCACAGCUUUUUAAUAAUCGAGCUAACGGGCUUCCGGAUCCGGUUGGCCAACUGCCAUCUCAAGGAUUCUAUCAUGUUAGGGACGCCUCGGCGCUGGAUAAGCAGCUCACUGAAUCUGUGCCUGUGGACUUGCAGCUUAAUCCAUCGUAUCAGAAUUCUACCAAUGGCUUAGAGGGCGGCAUUGCCAUUCUGAAGCGGAAAGAGGAGCGCAAAGAACGUAACAGAGAUGACCCUUUCUACAUUGGCGUUGAGGAUGAAUCCUCUGGCACGUCGACCCCGUUUCAUCAGGUUCUCAAUGCUUCAAACGAUAGUGUAUUGGAUAUUGACUCUAUUCCAAUAAUUGAUCUCCAAGUGAAUGACGUGGGAAACCCUCGCACUUUGGCACGUGUACCUCGUGGGAAUCGACAAGUUAGGUCACGUCCUAAAAAGUACGAGAUCGCAUCUGACGAGAUGAUCGGGCAAGGAGAUUCUCCACAUCUUAACUUAGAUUAUGAGCCUAGUAAAGUCAAACGAUCUCUACUACAGGUCGACUCGAGUGGUCUCGAGCAUCUAUCGUUGGAAGCUAGAAGCAAUCUCUCUGCAGAUCCUACGGUUUCUACGAAGAGAGCCUGUCAAGAUGCGGAAAUGGCUAUGGCUGUGCAGAAAGUGGAAAAGCUGCGAUUAGAAAUGCAGAGAGCGUCGGAACGAGUUCAUCCGAACGGCAUACCUGCGGAAGGAACGCUGGUAAAGAAGAAAAGAAAAGUAAAAAAGGCUUCACACAACAGAGCCCCGGACGCUACGUUGUUACAUCCCAAAGACGAGUCGUCAGCGGGCGGCACUCAACAAGGGCUGCUUUCGCCUGCGGAAGCAAGGAAAAAAAAAGCGAAAAAGCAGAGGAACACUGGAGGGUAACACUUUCAUCUAUCUAGGAAUCUGUGAACUGGCCCAGUAAUAUUAGCUAGCAUAUUCCGGCAUAUGUGCCACUCAAUUCUUCCCGCGUAUACCCUAUGCUUGAAUUUGACAGUGGUAAUUUAGUAGGAUGUUAAGGAUUAUUCCAAACCCCCUAUCUAUGUCCCGAAAUUUUUUUCCGUGCAGCGGCCCUGCUAUUAUUGUAGAUGGAUAUCGAUUCAAAGUCU